UUAAGAAAAUGGGGAACUUGAGAGAACACUUUCAUUUCCUUCUCUGUUUUCUUAAUAAAACCAGCUCGCAACUGUUCCAAGGGGAGAAGUUUUAUUAGAGUCUCGAUAUAAGUUGCUUAACGUUGAGUUUCAAUCAUUUAAAAGACUUUGCAGAGUUUGUUGUAGCGAAGUUCAUCGUUACCAGUUUGGAGCAGUGCGGCCGCCAGAUGGCAGCAGUGAUCACUGAAGAUAACGUGUACAGCGAGGCUGAAGUCAACGACGCGCUGCCUGCUGGUGGAGAUGAUCCGGUGGAGCUGCCCGGUCCUGAUGGAAACAUACAGGGACAGGUGGAGGAGUUUCUCGGCCCACAUCCUGAUUACGAUGAGGAGGAAGAGGAGCGCAAGUACUAUAGACGAAAGAGGCUGGGUGUAGUGAAGAAUGUGGUGGGGGCCAGUUGCGGAGGAAUGAUCAUCUACAGUGUUUACAUGGGUCUGCUACAGAUGCAGUUAAUUCUGCACUACGAUGAGACGUACCGAGAGGUCAAGUAUGGCACCCUAGGGCUGGAGGAUAUCGACAACAAAAUGCUGAUGGGCAUCAACGUUACGCCUAUCGUCGGCUUGCUCUACACACCGGUGCUCAUUAGAUUUCUGGGGACUAAAUGGAUGAUGUUCCUAGCUUCAGGCAUCUAUGCUCUUUUUGUUUCAACCAAUUACUGGGAGCGAUACUACACUCUUGUACCUUCAGCUGUGGCCAUUGGUGUUGUCAUUGUUCCUCUGUGGGCAUCCUUGGGAAACUACAUUACCAGAAUGGCCCAGCAGUACUACGAGUAUGUGAACUAUAAGGACGAACAUGUCCAGGAGCAGAAGAAGCCCCCCAAAGGAGCCUUCCAUCCUUACAUCAUCAUUUUCCAGUCCGUCUUCUACAUUAUUUUCCAUCUGAGUUUCGUGUUUGCCGAGUUCCCCAUGGUGCUGUUCCUCAAUAACUUUCUGAAUGAUUACAAUCACACUCUCUUCAAAGUCACACAGUGUGGUGCUAGUGGGAAAGGCGUGAUCGAGAAUUUCAAUAAGACAGUCUUGCGCAGUUUGCCUCGCUCUCUGCUGCUCAUCGAGGUGGAGAGUGUGCUCAUGGGGGCGGCCUUCCUUGCCAUGCUUAUUUUCCUGGUGUUGUGCGGAGCUGCAUAUCGGCCCACAGAGGAAAUUGACCUUCGCAGCAUCGGCUGGGGGAACAUCUUCCAGCUGCCCUUCAAGCACUUACGUGACUACCGGAUCCGCCUGCUCUGUCCGUUCUUCAUCUACUCUGGCUUUGAAGUGCUGUUCGCCGUGCAGGGACUCACACUGUCAUAUGGAGUGUGUUCGGUCGGGAUGGAGAAGCUGUGGUUGUUGGUUAUGGUGUAUGGUUUGUCAGCAUCAAUCUGUUCGGGGCUGGCCCUGAUGCUGCUGCGCUUUCCCAGGCCGGUUAUUCUUCUGUCGGGAGCUUUUGUGCACUUUGUGCUAAUCAUAACCCUUAUGUGCUGGUCGCCCCAACCCAAAACACCAAGCUAUCUUCCGUAUCUUUUGGUGCUCGCUGCCCUCUGGGGUCUGGGCACUGCUUUCAACAAGACUGGACUGAGCAUUUUGCUGGGGAUGCUGUAUGAAGACAAGGAGCGACUAGACUUUGUCUACACCAUCUACCACUGGUGUCAGGCCAUUGCCAUUUUCAUCGUCUACCUUUGGUCUGCAUUGCCUAUGCGAGCCAAGCUCGGACUCCUGUUGUUUGCUCUGAUCGUGGCAUCUUUAUGCUACGUGCAGAUGGAGCGUCGCCUGGCGAAGAAAAUCCAGUUUAGGUUGCCACGGAUUCCGCGCCCACGACACAAGGUCAAAGGCUACCGAUACAUUGAGGAAGAAAAUUCUGAUGAAUCAGACACGGACCUGAGUGAUGCUGACGAUGAUGAGAAAGAAGAGGAUGAGAGAAUGUUGGUUAAGGAGGACAACAAUACAGACGGCGAUUCCCAGGGUUCACCGGGACCAGAGAGGAGCGGGGUUAGGAGGAGACAAGACAAUCCUGCGUACGAGCAGGCCGGAGAGAGAGAGGACUAUGUCCAACACACGAGGGACUAGAAAAGGAGAGGUGAAAGAUGAGAGGAAGUUGUAAAAUACUGAAUAGCCAGAAAGAGAAGCAAUGGUAUUGGAAACGUUUACUGACUUUUUUUUAUUAAAUCCGACUUCUUUUCUUUGGAUAGAAAACGUGUGGGCCACCGAUGAAAAAAUGAGAAGGUCAGAAAGUUGUCCACAGUAAAAAAUGAAGAAAAGUAGAAGAGAAACAAGCAUUUCAUUGAAAUGGGAAGUGAAAAGAGGAAAUUGAUGAUACCUUGUAAGGUUAGGUGGUUUGUUGCCAUAGAAAUGGAUAGCCUCCAUUUUGAACUUGGUCAAGGUGAUGCGCUCGAGUGGUGUAUUUCAUUCUAAUUCCGAUUUACUUCAUCCACUUGAUGGCUGUUUUCCUCAUUGUAACCGAAGAACCAAAUAGCUCUCUCGCAAAAAAGUGUUACAUUUCAUUUUAAUUUUCAUCUAUGAUGUUAUAAAAUCAAUUUUAAAUAUUGUAAUAAACAUGACAGAUGAUCUAUAAGAUUUAAAAUGCUGCGUUAUAAUGUUUUUAAGCAAGCUAUGAUGUGCUAUAAUAUAAAUAUGAUUCAAAAUUAUAUAAUAAAACAAUUUAGUGUACAGUA